AUGGUUGAGAAUAUUGGCGGCAUUGAAACGCUACUGCAGGAAGAUCGAACGUUUCCGCCUCCCGAAAGCUUUGCUCAAAAUGCAAAUAUAAAGGAUCCUGGCGUCUACGAAGAGGCCCGAAAAGAUCCUGAGGCCUUCUGGGCACGAUUUGCUGGUGAGUUGGACUGGUUCCAAGAGUGGGACCAGGUCCUUGACUGGAAUCCUCCCAACGCCAAGUGGUUUGUUGGCGGCAAGCUCAACGCCUCAUAUAACUGCAUAGACCGCCAUCUCAAGACAGCCCGCCGCAACAAGGCGGCAAUAAUCUGGGAAGGUGAGCCCGGGGACUGGAAGGUCUAUACCUAUUGGGACCUGCACCGGGAGGUCUGCCGGUUUGCCAACGGCCUGAAGAGCCUUGGCGUUCAGAAGGGAGACCGGGUAACCAUAUACCUGCCGAUGGUGCCGGAACUUCCCAUUUCCAUGUUGGCCUGCGCUCGUAUCGGCGCCGCCCAUAGUGUUAUCUUUGGUGGGUUCAGCGCUGACUCCAUCCGGGAUCGCCUCGAAGACUCCCAGUCCAAGCUCAAACAGAAUGCCGACGAAUCCGUGGAAGGCGACACCCCGGUCGAGAAAGUAGUGGUAGUCAGACGUACCGGCCAUGCCGAUGACAAGAUGGUGGACGGUCGGGACGUCUGGUGGCACGACCUGGUGGAAGACCAGCCCCUCACCUGCGAACCGGAGGCGAUGGACAGCGAGGACAUGCUCUACAUGCUGUACACCAGCGGAACCACCGGAAAGCCCAAGGGAAUUGUCCACACCACGGGCGGCUACCUGACCGGGACCUAUGCCACUACCAAGUGGAUAUUUGACCUCAAAGAAGACGAUGUGUAUUGGUGCACAGCCGACAUCGGGUGGGUAACCGGACACAGUUACAUCGUUUAUGGCCCGUUGGCCAACGGCGCUACCUCGGUUAUGUACGAAGGUUCGCCGGACUACCCGGACCGUGAUCGCUUUUGGGCUAUCAUCGAAAAAUAUGGCUGUACUAUUUGUUACACGGCGCCCACGGCGAUACGUACCUUCAUGCGCUGGGGCGAGGAGUAUCCCAACCGGCACGACAUGUCCACCCUCCGGCUGCUGGGUUCGGUGGGCGAGCCGAUAAACCCGGAGGCUUGGACCGAGACGGGAUCGAUAUUGAUUGCGCCCCUGCCCGGCAUAACCACCCUAAAACCCGGCUCUGCGACGCAUCCAUUCCCCGGCAUCGAGGCGGAGAUUCUGGAUGAAGCCGGCAACCCCGUUGGUCCCGGCGGAGGCGGCUACCUGACAAUCAAACGUCCGUGGCCUUCAAUGCUGCGCGGGAUUUAUGGCGACCCGGAACGUUUUGUGGAGCAGUACUGGUCACGAUAUCCCGGUACUUACUUCACCUCCGACGGCGCCAAGCUGGACGAAGACGGGUACUUCUGGCUGCUGGGCCGGGUGGACGAUGUAAUCAACGUGUCGGCGCACCGCAUAAGCACCAUGGAAGUGGAAAGCGCCUUGGUGGACAAUUCCAAGGUUGCUGAAGCCGCCUGCAUAGGAAAAGCCCACGAGAUUAAGGGCCAGGCGAUCGUCGCGUUUGUGACCAUCAAGGACCAGAUUCAGACUUCGGACGAAUUGAUCAAUGAACUUAAGGCCCACGUCGCUACCAAGAUUGGCCCAAUGGCCCGUCCUGAUGAUAUUUACUUUGCGGCUGAACUUCCCAAGACCAGGAGCGGCAAGAUCAUGCGUCGCCUGCUCAGGGACGUAGCGGAAGGCCGCGCUCUCGGUGAUACGACAACCCUGGCAGACCCGGCAGUGGUGGAAUCGCUGAAGGCCCAGUAUGGGGACGAGGAAUAA